GUCGCUAUGCUGAUCGCUGCUGUGCUGCAAGGCAGGCAGGCAGGCAAAGCAGCUGCGGAGAGACCACGGAACGCUGACAACAACGGAGAGGCUCACGUUAGGAAAGUCUCAAACGCAACAUUUGCCUAUUUUUGUGAUUCGGUGUCCAAAGAUUUUCACGCGUAACCGUUUCGCCGAUCACAUCUCCUUCAUUUUUACGCAUGCGUGGGGAUAUAUUUUUCAUUCUCUCGACCUGAAAUGACUGCUUAGUCGCCGCGUCUAGCCAAUGGUUACCGCGGGGGCUCCUGUCUUGUGGAUUAUCCGUCGUCGCCGAGCCAGUCGCAUGGUCGAGCCCGGAGGAGGCCCCGCUCUGCUGGAUGGACGUGUGUGAGCGCAGCGCCGGACUCCGAGUACCGAUGAAGACGGUGAUGGUGAUGAUGCUCGGGUUUCAUCGGCAGCGGGUGAACUGAUCUUUGGAUGUUCGGGCUACGUCGCCCCUACUCAAAACAUUUCCUCAUACGGCAAAAAAAACAUAUUCUUUAAAAACUGGACGCCCCUGGAGCAGUUUAUGACGACCCUGGUACGAGCGUGAUGAGCGCGCGCUUCCACUUGCCUGCUGGCAGAUCCUACAAUGUCCGGGCGACGGAGCUGGAGCGAGACAGGCAGCACACACAGGUUGUGUGCAACAUACUGCUGCUGGACAACACCUUCCAGGCGUUCAAAGUCUGCAAGUCGGAUCAUGGCCAGGUGUUGCUGGAUGCUGUCUUUAAGCACCUGGAGCUGACUGAGAGAGACUACUUUGGCCUGCACUUGGCUGAUGACUCCUUAGAUGCGCCGCGCUGGCUCGAUCCCAACAAGCCCGUCAGGAAACAGUUAAAAAGAGGCUCUCCCUAUAGCUUGAGCUUCAGAGUCAAAUUCUUUGUGACAGACCCCAGUAAACUUCAGGAAGAAUACACACGGUACCAAUAUUAUCUUCAGAUCAAGCAGGAUAUAGUAACUGGAAGACUGCACUGUCCUCACAACACAGCCGCUCUGCUGGCGUCCUAUUCCGUUCAAUCUGAGCUGGGGGACUACAGCGAGACGGAGCAUACGGCGGGCUAUCUGUCGGAAUUCUGCUUCCUGCCCAACCCUCCGCAAGACUUCCACAAAGAGGUCGCCAAACACCACCAGCAGCACAGUGGUCUAUCUCCUGCCCAGUCAGAGUUUAAUUAUCUGAACACAGCACGCUCGCUGGAGCUCUACGGGAUAGAGCUGCACUAUGCAAGGGACCAGAGCAACACAGAGAUUCUUCUCGGAGUGAUGUCCGCCGGCAUUGUGAUUUACAAGAACAGGGUACGGAUGAACUAUUUCCCAUGGUUGAAAAUAGUGAAAAUCUCCUUCAAGUGCAAACAAUUUUUCAUCCAGCUGAGAAGAGAGGCGGUAGGUACUGAGACCCGGGAAACGCUGCUGGGUUUCAACAUGGUGAACUACCGGGCCUGUAAAAACCUGUGGAAGGCCUGCGUGGAGCACCACACCUUCUUCAGGCUGGAUCGGCCCAUCCCACCACAGAAGAACUUCUUCGCUCACUACUUCACCCUGGGCUCCAAGUUCAGAUACUGCGGGCGGACAGAGGUGCAGUCUGUGCAGUAUGGAAAGGAGAAAGGCAUCAAGGACAGGAUAUUUGCCAGAUCACCCAGCAAGCCGUUGGCCAGGAAGCUGGUGGGCGGAACUGACUGGGAGUCGGUCAGCAGGAACAGCCUAUCAGAUGAGAGACUGGAGACCCAGAGCCUGCCCACUCGCUCGCCACCUGGGACGCCCAAUCAGAACUCGCUGUUUGUACAAGAGGGCACACGACUCCGCCCUUCGUCCGUCGGCCACCUGGUCGAUCAUGUGAUCCACGCUUCACCCAGCCUGCCUGUCUUCUCCUCCUCCAAUCACAGAUCGGCGUCGUCCACGCAGGCCAACAGCAUCAGCUUGGACUCCACACCGUCUCCAGAGGGGCUAGAUGGCCUACCUCCAGCUCUGCCCCCCAAGCAGCUGAGCAGGAAGACCUUGAGCCAGAUCAUCCAGGCCCACUCCCAGCAGAGCCUCCUGGACAACCACCUUAACGAGAUGUACGAUGUCCCUGUCAACGCCGAUAAGACCACGCUAAAUGGGGUUGUCCCUCAUGAUAAUCUGGUCCUGAUCAAGAUGAGACCUGACGAACAUGGACGUUUUGGCUUCAAUGUCAAGGGUGGAGCUGACCAGAAGAUGCCCAUCAUUGUGUCUCGAGUGGCUCCCGGAACAUCAGCCGACCUGUGUGUGCCUCGCCUUAACGAGGGCGACCAGGUGGUCUUAAUUAACGGACGGGACAUCUCUGACCACACACACGACCAGGUGGUCAUGUUCAUCAAAGCCAGCUGUGAGAGCCAUUCCGGAGAGCUCAUCCUAUUGGUCAGACCAAAUGCCAUCUAUGACGUAGUGGAGGAGAAGGUGGACUCGGAGCCAGAUUUUCAGUAUAUCCCUGAGAAGUCCCUUCAGGACCCCACCCAGCUAGACCAGCAUGCUUUGAGGGACUCCAUGGUCACAUUGAAGGAAGGCCUGAUCAGUGGAGCCAUUCUCGCUCAGUUUGACCAACUGUACAGGAAGAGGCCCGGGAUGACCAUGCUGUGUGCCAAAUUACCUCAGAACGUUUCCAAAAAUCGCUACAGAGACAUCUCUCCUUAUGAUGCCACGCGGGUCAUUCUGAAAAGCACAGAUGACUACAUCAAUGCAAACUACAUCAAUAUGGAGAUUCCAGCCUCGAGUCUUAUAAACCGCUACAUAGCGUGCCAAGGCCCGCUGCCCAACACCUGCCCCGACUUCUGGCAAAUGACAUGGGAGCAGGGCUCGUCUAUGGUGGUCAUGCUGACUACGCAGGUCGAGAGAGGACGGGUGAAGUGUCACCAGUACUGGCCCAAUCCAGACAGCAGCGCCACCUACGGAGACUUUACAGUAACGUGCCACAACGAAGAAGGCAACACUGCCUUCCUGGUCCGGGAGAUGACUCUCACGCACACACAGAGUGAGCAGCAGAGAGAGCUCACCCAGAUCCAGUACCUGGCCUGGCCAGACCACGGCGUACCGGACGACUCCACUGACUUCCUGGACUUCGUGGCUCUGGUACGGACCAAACGCGCUGGACAGGACCAGCCCAUGGUGGUGCACUGCAGUGCAGGGAUCGGUCGGACAGGGGUUCUGAUCACAAUGGAGUCGGCAUUGUGUCUGAUGGAGUGCGGUCAGCCAGUGUAUCCUCUAGAGAUCGUCAGGACCAUGAGAGACCAGAGGGCCAUGAUGAUACAAACACCUAGCCAGUACCGAUUCGUGUGUGAGGCCAUCCUGAAGGUCUUCGAGGAGGGCCUGGUCCAACCAUUCAGGACCGUCGUCUACCAGCUGAGAGACAGAGUGGACGAGGAGAGGGAGGAGGAGACGAUGGAGCAGCAGAAGGCCGGAGAGGGGGAAGAGGGGGAGGCGGCCAUGGUGGUGUUGCUGGAAGGAGAUCUGGAUGAAGAGGACGACGACGACGAAGAGGUGGAGGUGCUGGAUGUGGGGGUAGUGAAAGAAGAGGAAGAGGAGGAGGAUGAAUAUGAGGAGGAAGGGGAGGAGCCAAGCGUUGCAAGUGUAACAAGCGUCGCUAGCAUCGCGAGCGCUGCAAGUGCUGCAAGCGUUACGAGCGCCAUCAGCGAGACCAGCGUGAACCCUGAUCCUGACCCGGACCCUGAUCCUGCUGACCCGUGACAUUUGACCUUUGGUAGUCAUGAGGGUUUCCAGGAGGAGGCCAGGUGGGCCGGAGGAGAGAACAAAAGCACUGUUGCACUUUAUGCUGACAAAAAAACGGAAAAAAAAGACACACAAACGAACAUACGUGGAAGUCAUGGACAAGCUAGAAUAAAAAAAGAAACCCAGCUGUGUUGAAUAGGUACCAUUAGUGGAUAUUGUAUGUUCAGGGUAAAGAAAAAAGUCAUGAAAAGCGAAUGAAAAUUUAAACGUACAAGAGAAUAAAAUGUGGAUGGGGAAUUGCUGUAGUGCCAUAAGUACGAAGGGGAAGGGCUGCCCCCAUGGAUGGAAAGGCGUCGCCCUGUCCCCUUCUGAGCGAGUCUGCCAGACAGACCUGCCUUUUUUUAGUGUCCUUUUAGCUGAUAAAGAGAUAAACCUUAUCUUUUGUUCCUCAGAAAGAGUAUUUAUUGUGUUUUAGUUUGUGUCAAACCCUGUCCACUGAACAAAAAAAAAAAAAAGACUUGUAUGUUUGUUUGUAUGAAUCUAGAGCUUCAUGCUUUCCUGAUUAAAUCCUAGGUAGUAAAGUAGUGCGAUUCCUCUUCUAACUACUCUUCUUUUGCUUUCCAUGAAGAAAAAAAAAAACAGAUUUAAUUUAUUGUACUUGGUUUUUUAAAUCUUUCUCAGCUUUCUUGUCUCUGACAGCACCGACUGACAGAUGGACCGCUGAAAGCACUUUGUGUCUCACCUCUUGUUCAAUGCUGUGGCAAGUUGUGCUCCUGAUCCUUCUUUGUGCUGUGUUUUUGAGCUCUACAGACGCUCUGAGGCGAGCCAUUGUUCGGCAUGGUGAAGAACAUAUCCGGUUUACAAGCCUCCGUGUUUGGCGUGGGCCACCUCUCUUUCACUUCCGUUUCUCUCUGACCGCAGAGUCAGACCUCCCACUGAAAAGACAUAAUGAACUUUCAGCAGUGAUCCAUUAUUCAAAUUCUGGUCACUUUGCGUAAUGCUCAACAGCACAUUAUGAAGACGGCGUCAUGAAGAGAGGCGACCAGUAGACACACGGCCUCACUGAGUUACAAUCUAAGCUGAGAAAACAAGGCCGAGGUCAGUUCAGUUCUUUAAUCCACACGCAGUCAAGAUGAUAUUUAAAUCAAACCCCUGCUGAAGUGUCCUUGAGCCAGACACUGACAACAAAUCCUCAUGGUGUGUGAAGCUCUGUGGCUUCACUCUGAUUGGUGUCAAUCACUUAAAGACACCGGUAUCAUUAAUUAGUUCUUGAAAGCUGCUCUGGCGAUCAGCAUUUGCUUUUUGGAAUUGCGUUGACAGUGAACUGAUCUCAGCCUUAGUGUGACUAAACCUUUAAAAGCUUCCUCCACUGACCUCCUUUCUUUUUACACAAACAUUUAAAUAUGAACGGGAGCAAACCUGGAUCUCUCCCGACACUUUUGCAGUUGUGACUGGUGGGUCGUAGACUAGUCCAGGGGUCACUGGAGCGGGGCUUUAAUCCAACCUUUGCCGUUUCAUUUUCUCAACGCGUCUGCUUGUCUGCCAGAGAACAGUUGACAGUUCAAAGAAGCAGCACAAACGGAACAUUCAGCCUAUGCUUUCCCAUUGGUACUUCAUUUUAAGGCACAUGUUUGUCUCUGUUGUCAAGCCAAGAUGAUGACGUGUUAAUGAGAGAGAGUGUUAAUGAGACUAAGUGAUGACUUGUAUUUUUAAAUUCACAAAACCCAGCAUCAAGUUGCCUGUUGAGUCUUCUUUUUUGUCAAAGUACAGGCGAAGCUGCCGUUGUACUUUACAUAGUGGUAUGGAAUGAAGUGUAGCCUCUUCAUGAUUUUAGAUAUUUUUCUUAUCGGAUGCUUCAGUACCUGCUGUUAAAGAAAACAAACACCUACUGCUGUGUGUGUGUGUGUGUGUGUGUGUGUGUGUGUGUGUGUACUCAGAUUCCCGUCUUUCUCUUUCUCUGUACCUCUCCCUCCUUUAUUUCUAACGUACAGUUUGUUAGCUGUCUGGUCUAAGCCUGCUUGUCCGUCAACUGGAACGAAGGGUUGUGCCAUAAAGCCACAAACCUCAUCUAACCUGAUCUCAAGUGUUUCUGAAGAAACUCAGAGCUUUCUUGGAGAGUGUUUUUUAUUUUUUUAAAGUCUGUCCUAAGAACCAGGCUGAAUCUUUGCUUGUGAAACAUUUCAAACCAUGCUCGUACCUCCCUUUGAAACAGCCGAAUCACACUUUUGACAUGCAGAGAGGUGGGAUCAAGAAGAGUAUAGCUUUCCUCUUCUCUCUCGCUCUCUCUCUUUUUAUAUAUCUCCUAUAUUGCGGACCUCUCCCAAAAAUCUGCCCAGCUCCUUCUCUCAGGCAACAUCAGUGAUUUCUGCAGAGCCCACGCAACAUCCACAGUCCAUUCUUCUCAUUGUUCUUCCCCAGAUGCCUCUCGUUUGGAUCAUUUCACAUGGAACCCACUCUCUCUGCAUGGCCUCAAGGCAAAAUGACACAUCUGAGCAGAAUGCCACACGGGGACAGUGGACACACCGUGGGCAGCCGGUGAAUGAGCGAAUAACUGCCCCACAUGUAUGCGCUUUUAAUCAAAAGAACAACCAUUCAGCACUUCAGUGGCUUUUCCUCCUCACUUUUUUGUAUUGAGCAGCAGGGCCAACCA